UGGAUGUCUCAGCUACACCCUGUUUGGACACUACAUCAGCAGCAGCCGGCACACAUCACAGCACACUGACUGCAACACCUCGCCAAGCACAAUGAGUGGAAAACAGGAGCUCCCUCCCUACAUCAUACCAGUAGAACAGAGUCAAUCUGACGGAGUGAAGGUCUACCAUCUGCACACGCCUUUCACGCCUCCCCCCACACAUCAAGGCUCUGUCUCUCUUGGUGCACCAGGAGCAGGCCAGAAUACUGAUGAUGGGAAAUCAAAGUUUGUGAGCUACGACUCAGACCUCGGACGGAACCCCGGCAUGACGACCUGCACUUCCUGCCAGCAGCAGGUCUUGACCAAUGUCACCUACAAGGCAGGGACAUACGCCUGGCUCAUGUGCUUACUCUUCAUCUGCUGUGGAUUAGUCCUGUGCUGCUGCCUGAUUCCAUUUUUCAUGAAAAACUUCAAGGACGCGUACCACACAUGCCCCCGCUGCAACAGAGUGCUGCAUGUGGACAAGAAGAAGUGCUGUAAAUGAUGAUGAGCAUGAGGGCAGAGACGGACCCAUGGAAAUGAGGAAGAACAUCCUGUUACCUUUGUCUGUGUUUGGGCGAUGGGGUAAAGAGAAGGAAGAUAGAGAAAGGUCACAAAUGUAUCUUAUUUCUAGGGAUAACUCAUCAAACAGCCGAGGCAGAAUCAAGCAUGAAUGAAUUUUUACAUUACAUCAUAUUAUUAAGCAACCAAGCAGAGCAGAAACAUCACACGUCGUGACACUCUUGCGAGUGCAAUUCAACCACACCCAAUGCACUUUUUUUUGGUAGCAGUUAUAUUUUUCGUCCCAUUUCCAGCAGAAUAAACUUCUCUAUUCUCCUACGCGUAACGUUUACUCACAAAAAUGUUUAAAUGAAGGCUUGUAAAUAGAUUUUAUCAAAUACUUUGCGAUUCAAAGGACUGUGCAUUUGAAACCCAAAAGAAAAACUGUCCAGACAUCCAUUUGAAGGUAUUGUCACAACUUCCAAAUAAUCAACAGCAUCGUAAAAACAAGUCCGCUCGAUACGGUUGACUAAGAGGAGAGAGCGACAAGAAGCAUAUUUCCUAAUCUGCAGUUAUUGCACAGCCAAAUCGUGUUAACAUUUUUUUUGCCGCAAGCUUUUAUCCAAAAAAAACUAAAUGCGUUGGAAUAAAAUGAGACCAUUGUGACUCAUUUGUGUUAUAUUUAUAUUUUGUCAGUCCUUAAAAAUAGUCUUUUAAUUCAUACAUAUAAAGGGAUGAGGGGCAAUCUGUUCGAGCAUGAAGUUCAAAGAAAAGCUUUUUAACAACAACAACAACAACAGCUAGCUGUAUAUAUAAUGUUGACUUUUGUUUAGAUCAUUUGAGGCUUUACCUCCAAGCCAAGAUUUGUGCAUGUCUUUUUUACAAUGUCAAAGGCAACGCAGAAUUAAAGCAGUACUACACUAUGAAGUGAUGUUUGUUAACACAAGUGUUGGUGGAGCCACUGAUCGAGACACUUUUGAGUUUGAGUGUUUCGUGGCAAUCUUCAACAUCUUUGUAAAUGAAUCUCUUAAAUCUGUCACUGAUCAGUUGGUGAUUGAGCGUAGGGCCCACGAGACAUUCUUGCAAUAUUUGAUAUACUUGCAGUAUUAAGACCUGGGCGGCUGUGGUGACAAAAUGAAGCAUGUACAACGUUUCCUACAUUCUUUACUUCAAAUUAAAAGAACAAGCUUGACAAAACA